AACACACCCUGUUGAGGUUGGCGAGGGAGGACCGGCUAGAACGGAGAGCAACAAGGUGGUGGUGUGCGACAACGGCACCGGGGUAAGAGUCCAUUCCGCCGCCCCCCCUCCCCAACCCCCACACCCUCUGUUGAGCUUGGCGAGGGAGGACCGGCUAGAAUGGAGAGCAACAAGGUGGUGGUGUGCGACAACGGCACCGGGUAUGUAAAGUGCGGCUUUGCGGGAGAAAAUUUCCCUACAUCUGUCUUUCCUUGUGUCGUUGGAAGGCCAUUGCUUCGCUAUGAGGAGUCACUCCAGGAGCAAGAAUUGACAGAUAUUGUGGUGGGAGCUGCUUGCGCUGAUUUGAGACAUCAGCUUGAUGUUUCAUAUCCUGUCACAAAUGGGAUUGUUCAAAAUUGGGAUGAUAUGGGCCAUAUAUGGGAUCAUGCAUUUUAUAGCGAGCUGAAGGUUGAACCAUCCGAGUGUAAAAUUUUACUGACAGAUCCGCCACUCAAUCCUGUGAAAAACCGUGAGCAAAUGAUUGAGACAAUGUUUGAGAAAUACAACUUCUCUGGGGUCUUCAUCCAGAUCCAAGCAGUUCUUUCGCUAUAUGCUCAAGGUUUGCUGACUGGACUUGUCAUAGAUUCUGGUGAUGGUGUCACCCAUGUGGUGCCCGUGGUUGAUGGUUAUUCUUAUCCACAUCUAACGAAAAGAAUGAAUGUAGCUGGAAGGCAUAUCACAUCCUAUCUUGUUGAUCUGCUCUCAAGAAGAGGGUAUGCUAUGAACAAAUCUGCUGAUUUUGAGACAGUAAGAGAAAUAAAAGAGAAGCUAUGCUAUAUAAGCUAUGAUUACAAACGUGAAUACCAGCUAGGACUUGAAACUACAAUUCUUGUUAAAAGUUACACUCUUCCAGAUGGAAGAGUAAUUAAAGUGGGCACUGAACGGUUUCAGGCUCCUGAGGCUCUUUUUACUCCUGAACUCAUAGAUGUUGAAGGUGAUGGGUUGGCAGAUAUGGCAUUCCAUUGCAUUCAGGAAAUGGACAUUGACAACCGCAUGACGCUUUACCAACAUAUCGUCCUUAGUGGAGGAAGUACCAUGUAUCCUGGUCUGCCAAGUCGGCUGGAGAAGGAAAUUCUUGAUCGCUACCUCGACGUGGUUUUGAAGGGAAACAAGGAUGGACUCAAGAAGUUACGUCUGCGUAUAGAGGAUCCUCCACGGAGAAAGCAUAUGGUCUAUCUAGGAGGUGCAGUACUUGCUGGAAUUAUGAAGGAUGCGCCGGAGUUCUGGAUCACAAAGCAGGAGUAUCAGGAAGAAGGUGUUGCCUGCCUAAGGAAGUGUGGACAAGCAUAACCAUGUACAACGUCCAACCGUCCUACCUUUGUUAUUAUUCUCUGUCCCAUAAUACAAAAGCGUUUUUGAUACCACAUAGUGUCAAAACGCUCUUAUAUCAUGGGAGUACCAAGCAAGGAUACUGCCCCCCCCCCCCCCCUCCCUCUAGAAAUGGCAUACUCAGCAUAAAUGAUGAAUGCAUAUUAUUACUUUAAUUGUUAGAAAAUACUCCUUCCAUUCUUAAAUACAAGUCUUCUAAAGAUUUCACUAUGGACUAUAUACGGAACAAAAUGAAUGAAUCUACUAGUCCGUAGUGCAAUCUUUAAAAAGACCUGUAUUUAGGAACAGAGGGAGUAGUAGGACAAAUAGUUAUGAUCUUGCCUAAGGAACUGCUGUUGUCUGUCCUUUUGAUCCUCAGUGAAUAAUAUGUGUACUAUAUAA